AUGAACGGCAAGGUCGGCCUCGUCGUCUCCGCAAGCGCUUCGACGGGCCGCUUCGGCGUGCACGCGGUGGAGGUGGGCAGGCUCAUCCUCAAGGCGGCGGAGUGGUCGCCGCAGUCGCACGAGCUCUUCCCGGAGGCGGCUCGCAAGUGGGCGGUCGCGGUGAUGCGGCUGGGCUACCUGAUCGCGUGGGACGAGGAGCGCUUCGACGGCGAGGGGGCGGCGCCGGGCGCUGGGCCGGGGAGCUAA